CACGUUUCGGCCUCAAGACAUACUGGAAGACUGGUGUUGCCAUGCCAGCCCCGCCGGGCUCCGACUUGCGGCACAAGUGCCCCGUGACGCGGGAGCAUUUGAGUAACGAGCUGCAGGCCCUACAGCGACUUCUGAAUGAUGAGCUUCGGGAGACUGGAGACCGCUUGCGCGAGGCCUUCCGCACCGAUCUGGCGCCCCUUUCGGCCAUGCUCCAGGAGUUGCAGUCCAACACGCCGGUCUUGUCGGCUGCGCAUCCCCAGCAGGCCGUGCAGUCGCGACUUAUCGCCGUGCAACCGAAGGAGUCCUCCCUGGCGGCCUCCGCUUCGCACCUGAGGGAUGGAGCUCAGGAGAUGGAUGGCUCCGCGUAUCCCAGCGAGGCACCCGAGGGGCCCAAACCUGCUUGGGAAGAGGAGGAGAAGGAGGACAAUGCGAUGUCCAUGUCCCAGGCCGAGAGGUUUCCCUCGGACGCGCCCUGGGCAGUGCAGCGGCUGCGCAAGAUGGACACCAGGGACAAAUCCAGGAAAUGGAGGACGGAGCAUUCGCGGAAUGUCCGCAAGAGCACUGGUCACCUCGCCGCGGGCGCAGCAGUCCUGGACAAGGCGCGCUCCAAAGAAAUUGGCCGACAGGGCUGGGCGUGGAUGAUCGUGGAGCAUGACUACUUCAACUGGGUCCUUGUUGCUGCGCUGCUGGCGAAUGCGCUGACCUUUGGUGUUCAAGCCAAUGUGAUGGCCAGCAACGGAGGCCAAAUACCAGAGAUCUUCACUGUCAUUAACGUGAGCUUCUGCGUGCUCUUCGCGCUGGAGCUCCUUCUGCGCAUCAUUGCCUAUCAGAGGAGGUUCUUAUGGGGAGAUGGUUGGGCCUGGAAUGUCUUCGACACGGUGGUGGUGCUCUCCAGCAUGAUCGACGAGUUCUCGCAAGCGCUUUUUGUUGGGACCUCCUCCGAGAUGCAACAGCACCUGCUAGGCUUCGCUGGCGUGCUGCGGAUGCUGCGCUUGGGUCGGGUGCUACGGCUGGUGCGACUCAUUCGGGUGAUCCCUGCGCUGAAGUCCAUGGUGUACCUGAUUUCGGCCUCCAUGAACUCCUUCUUUUGGACAGGUGUCUUGCUGUUGAUCCUCAUGUACUGUGUUGCGGUGUACUUCACCGAUUUGGCCACCGAUGUGGUCCUCUUGAACCGGACCAAGGGCUUCGAUUCCAGUGAGAUUGUGAAAUACUGGGGAUCGCUGGGGCAGGCGGUGUCGUCGCUCUUUCAGGCCAUCACUGGUGGCAUGGAUUGGCGUGUAGUCGUGGAGGUCUUCCAUGAGAGCUCUCCUGAGCUUCACGAGCUCUUGAACAUUAUCUUCUCUCUCUACAUCGCCUUUGCCACCUUAGUGAUGCUCAACUUGGUGACCGGCGUCUUUGUGGAAGGCGCGCAGCGGAUCGCCAAGGAGGAAAAAGAACAGGAACUCAUCAAGAGCGUCCAGAAGUUGUGCAAAAUGACCUAUGCCAGUCAUGAUGGCGAGAUUACCUGGGAAGAGUUCGAAGCCAACUUGCGGACCCCCGAGAUGGAAGCAUAUCUCAAAGCUUUCGACAUGGACCCAAACCAGGCCAGAGAUAUCUUCUAUGUGUUGGAUCGUGACGACACGGGCACCGUCAGCCUGGAGGAGUUUGUCGGCGCGUCCAUUAAGCUCCAUGCCCCUGCACGGAUGGCUGACCGAGAGAUCUUGCGAAACUACAUGAAGGAUUCCUUCGCUGAGAUGAACUUCCGACUCUCCAGACUUGAAGAUCUGUGGCAGAGGCCAAGCAAAGACCCCCGGCCAUCAAGGAAGGAGGACGAGGGCAGAUGCUGAGGGCCAACCGUAAGAUAAUGCCAAAGGCCUGGUUUUGGCCAUGCUUCCCAGGUUGGAUCAUGCCAGAGCCCGUCAUUCUCGC